AUGUCAGAUGAUGACCAAAGAAAAAGUAGUUUAACCGAUGAUAAUUUCUCCACAGAUCAGGUUAUUCAAGAAACUCCGGUAGCUGAAAAGCUUUUCCCAGUUAACAAACAAUUUUUCAAUGAUUCAUAUAGUAAAGAUGGAUUAAAUUUAGAUAAGGGGGCUUCUGUAAAUAAUAUUGGCUCAUCAAGGAUUAUUACGAGUCCCUUUCAAAAUCCUGCUAAAGCUUUGAAUGCCUCAGAAAUGUUUCCAAAUUUUGCGGCUAAUGAUAACUCCAUUUAUGAAACUACAAAAAUUGAUGAGACAACCGUAGACGAUGAAAAGAUUUUGGAUGAUAAUAACCAGCUAGUGAUUAAUAUCGAUGAAAAAAUUACUUCUCAAGGUACUCCAAGAAAUACGAAGACCCAACACAUUGUUCAUUCCGAUAUGAUAUCAAAAGAAAGCAUGUUACUAAAUGAAGAUAAUACAUCUAAAAAUAAUAAUAAUAAUAAUAUUCAGCCAACGGCCACAACUAGUCAAUCUCACAAAAGAACUCCUGAUCGUAAUAGGAUACAGAUCUUUUUUGAAGAUAAUAAUAAAAUCAAUGAUAAAACCAAUAAUAAUGUUAUAAAUCUAUCUAGCAUUGCCAAACAUAUAAAUGAUGCAAAUUCUAGCCCCACUAGUGGUGAUACUGUUGGACUAGUAAGGGAAGAAGCCCUUUUAAAAGUUCCCCACAACAAAACUCUACCAAUAGAUAGGCAGCCUAAUAUAAAUUCAAAUAAGCCAGAGCUCCGACACUCUCUUACUUCGUUAAAUGAAACACAUUCUAAAGCAAAAAUUAUUUCUACUAAGCUUGGUAACAGCAUAGGUCUAAUAGAGCCCGAAAUAUCACCAUUAAAGCAAGUCAAAAACCAUGACUAUCCUGUGAGCAGAACAUCUCUUGAAAAUCUACGAAAAUCUGAUAUCAAUGCUAAAAAUUCAGUAGUAAUAUCCCAGGGAAGUAACGCCGAUAAUUUUUAUGAUGGCCCCUCUGAUGCCAAUGGUAAUGAGUAUGUCUUUUCCAUAGAAACCCAGGAAAAUGUCUUAUCUGAUAAACAAAAUAAUAUAAAUUUGAAUGAAAACAUUAUUAUAUCAUCAUCUUCCUCUGAGAACAGGGUUAUUAAUUCAUUGCAAACUCAGCAAAUUAUUUCUAGUGAUAAUAUUUUUAUGGACAAUAAAUCUUCUACUAAAAAUGCUAAGGGGAUUUUCUCAACCUCUAUUGUGUUUAAUAAAUCGAGUAAUACAAUAAAAGAAAAAACUGGUGUUAUCCAAUUAGCAAAUAAUGCAUAUGACACACAACUUUUAGAAACUCAAAAAAUUAAUUCUAGUGAACAAGCCAAAGAAAUGAUUGAGGAUUUUCCAACAAGCGAACUAUCAAGAGUUGAGUCAAGUCACUCGCAAGAUAAGGUAAAUGAAACAGAGACACAGCCCGUUGGCAAUCAAAUUAUCGGUGUAUCUAAUAAGGAUCACUUACAAGAAGGACAGAAUCUUGCUUUUCAAGAAAGCCAGGCAAUCUCUCAACAAAAAACACAAGUCAUUUCACAAGAUAUAAUACAAAAUAAUUCUCAGUCUUUGACUCAAACAAUUAGGUCAGUAAAAAUUAAUAUGGAUUUCCAACCAAUAUCUCAAAUAACUGAAGAUGCUCACAAACAGCCAAUUGAGGUGGAGUCUACUGGUAUCUACGACACAAAGCAAGAAGCCAUAACUCAAGAAAUUGCAAUAGAAGAUAAUAAUCUAAAUACUAUUCAAGAUGAAAUUUCUGGUGAAAAUUACAGUAAUAGAAUUGAGGUUAUUCCAGUUCAAAACCCAAAUCUCACUUUAAGUUCAGUGAUUGAAGUUCCAGGCACUAGUCCUUCUUCUAAAUUCAAAGAAGCACGUUCACAUAUAAAUGAUCAAGAAUCCUCUCCGGUUCAUAAUAUAGGUAGAAUAGAAGUGAAUGACCUUCCAAUGUCUACUCCACAGAUAUUUAUUCCACAAAUAUCCAGAAAUCAAACAGAGUCAAAUUCUGAUAGUAAUAACUCUGUUGAAGAAGAUAGUACUCAAGAACUCCCUGAAGUAGAAGAUGAGAAUCAGGAAAAUAUGGCUGAUAAAUUGCAUAAAACUUCUACCUUUGGUGAUAGACAACCAUCUCAGUAUAUUAUUCAUGAAUCACAAGAAGUUAUUACAAAUAGACGAAAAUUGAAACGAAAAACGACUGAAGUAGCUAAAUAUUCAUUGGAAGAUAACCCUGAACAAUUUAAUACAACUCCAAGAAAGCAUUUAAAGCGUGAAGCAGAACUACAGAAUAAUGAGGAAAAGGUAAAUGUAUUUAAUGACAGUAAGGAAAGUAAGUCAUUCCUUUCAAAUACUCCUGAACUUAAGAAAUUAAACAUGGAACCUGACUCAUCAAAUAUACCCACAGAUAUCAAGACAGAAGAUAAUGGGUAUCUAUCGGAAAAUGAUAUUAAGUUUUCCACUGCAGUUUGGAGUUUAUUUGAAAGAGAUAUGAACUAUUACCCUGGUCGGAUUUUAAAAGAAAUAUCUACAGAUACUGUUCAGGUUUCUUUCGGAUCUACUUUUGAAAUAUCUACUGAAUUUGCUCAAUAUAACGAUAUUUAUUAUCUAGAUAUUAGAAUAGGAGAUAUUGUAGUUUCCAAGAUGAUAGAUUAUGAAGUUGUUGGCUUAGAAGCUUGUCUUAAAGAAGAUAAUCAAAAUAUCAUUCGUUGUAUCCGAGGUUAUGAUACUGUUCAUCUCCAAAAAUAUCCUAGAACAGGGAAUGAUAAAAUAACAAUCAAAUAUUUAUCAGACAUUCAUAUUGAUAUUAAUCAUUGGGCUAGGAGGCCUAAAAUAAUUCUGGGUAAUUUACCACAUACACGUAAAAACGCUAUGGAAGAUGUCAGGUAUCCUAUUAGGGGAAGGCAUAAUACAUCAACACAUUCUCCAAGAAAAAGUAGGCAAGGUACUCCAAGAAAAAAUCUUAAAAUUUCAAAUGAAAGGAUUGAUUCUUCCUUAGGUGAGAUGAAAAAUUACCGAACAUUGACUAAACUUGAUAUAUUUAUUACUGAAUCACUCAAUAAAUUUAAAAAUUUGAAAAAAAACAUUUUCGAGAAUUGUUUAUUUUCUAUGUCAAAGAAUGAUUUAAAUGAUGAUAAUUUUAAAGGAGUUAUUAAACAGUUUGGUGGUAAACUUCUUGAUAAUGAUAAUUUUUCUACAUUUUUCAUGUAUCGUCGAGAAUUAUCUAUUAAGAGUAAAUUAAAAUGGCACGAAUAUGAUCUUUUUUUAACUUGGGAAAAAAAAUAUAAAGAUAUUAAAUUUGUUUGUUCAUUUUUCUGGAAAUAUCAAAGAACUCAACGAUAUUUGGAAGCUUUAGCUUUAAAAUGGCCUAUUUUACAUCCUAAUUUUAUAAUAGAAUGUAUUAAGCAAGAACGUUUAUGUCAUGAAUCAAUGUUUAAAUAUUUGUUGCCAUCAGGUUUAAGUGCUCGAUUAUCUGAUAAAGAAGGUAUUGAAGUUAUUAAAUCUAAUAAUAUUUAUCAAUUUUAUUCGAAUUAUAUUAAUAAUUAUAAAAUUAAUGAACAAAAUUUUGCAAUGAAAGAUAUCAUGGGUGAAUAUUAUGUUUUAUUAUAUGGUAAAAGUGAUUGGAGUGAUCUUUUUACUUUUUUAUUUGCUUGUUUAGGAAUUGAAAAAUUAUUUCAUUUAGAAAAUCAUGAUCUUAAUUUAAUUAAUAAUAAAAUUAUUGAAAUAAUUAAUACUUGUAAUAUGAAGAAUAAAAAAUUAUUAAUAUUCAUUGAUGGAGGUAAUACUGGACUUUCUAAUUGUGAUCUAGAGAUAUUAAGACAAGAACUAAUUGAUAUGACAAUUAAGUCAAAUAUUACUGUUCAUGUGGAGGAUAAAGAAUGGUUAGUUCAAACUUUGAUAAAUGAAGAUACAGGUUUUGAAAGUUAA